CUCUCUCUAGAAAUGACCGAAUAUGGUUUAGUUAGGUAGAGGCGGUGUAAUCUGGUGCGUGUUUGUGUGGAGUGCGGACUAGAUGCGUGUGUUCGAAAGUCUGCACUCCUCCGUAUCUACACUAGGUGUGGCGAUUUCAGAUGGCGCAAACAACUUGCAUGCUUUCUCGGUGCUUUUGCACUACGAGUUUGCCGUUUUGUAACUGGUCUAACAUUUCUUUUUUCUGCGAGUUUUCUUCGUUUGCAGGCCACAUGGCAGGGGAAUUUCCCUCAACAGUGUGUGGCAGUGGGAUGCGGAGUUACGAAAGAGACCUGUGACCGCCCUACAGAAGAAUGCAUCUUAUCGCUCACCUAGCGAAACAAGCGGUCACCCUACAUGAAACGAGCAAAACAACGCUAUUUCGGCAAUCUGACGUUAUGAUGCUUAAACGUUUGAAAUAUUGCAUAAUCAUGGAUUUGUUAAAUUUCGCAGCUUGUGCAUCGCUCUAUAAUCACAGCAAUCACGGCAUGCGAACCCGUACCGUAUUUCCAGCUCUAUUGCAGUGUACGGAGUCACGGUCAUUAUCCGGGAAAUGGUUAAGUUAUCCGGGGGAUAUGUAUGUCUUCGAGCUUCCACCUUUGUACCCAGAGUAUACGGGACUUCACAGUGACAAAAUGGACGAAGUAACCGUCAGAAGAAGAGACAUCGAAAUGCGGUUGGAGAGGGAUCAACUGGCGGUAUCAUCUUUGAAGGAGAGUUUAGACAGAACAAAACAACUCACAGACAAUAUGGUUGGUAUUCUUGAUUCUUUCGAAAACCGAUUACAGAAAUUAGAUGACACAAUACGACCUGUUCACAAGGAGACAGUCCAUCUGACUCGUCUUCAAGAAAACGUGGGAAAGGCAAUGAAGUCUCUAGAUCACGUGAUUGAAUUGUUUCAUGUGGCCAGCUCUGUGGAAGCUCAGAUUAGAGAAGGACCAUCUGGUGAUGUGGAUGGUUAUCUAAAGCAAAUGGCUCGUGUCACAAGUGCACUAGAAUUUUUCUCAGAGAACAACCCACAUAGUGUGGAGCUUGCAACUCUAACAUCUCUUAGUGAGUUAGGACGAGACAUGCUCUCAAAGGAGUUUCGAAAUCUGUUGAAUAGACAUAGCAAACCUGUGCCGGUCGCUACUCUGAUGGACAUGCUGAUGACACCAGACGAAGAUUUGCCUCCAUUGGAGCAUUUACCUGGGAAUGUGAUGCAAGAUCUCUCUUCGAUUGCUCGAUGGCUUGCAGGCCCUGGACACUCAACAGACUUUAUGAAUAUUUAUGCUCAAAUCAGGUCUAGCCAAGUCAGUCGUUCGUUGCAAGGGUUGAAAGAAGCAUAUAAACCUGUUACAUCAUCAGCAGGUUCGAAGCAUAAACAAUUAACUGGUGGUAUGAAAGACACACCACAGAAACGGCCUGGAGUGCGGAGGAGCACUCAACGUCGUUCUUCUAGGGUGUUUAUGGAAGUUCCAGGAGGUAUGCAUUCGACAGGUGUUAGUCCUGAUCCAGCAGACUUCAUGGCAGAUGAAAGUUUGGAAGGAACUUCCUUGUUUAUGCAUCACAGUUCACUGUUUCUCAAGCUCAUGCAGAGCGAGAAGACUCUCAUGCAGUCCAUCAUUGCUCCUGUACAUCAUGAUCGUAUUUUUGAGAGUCUAGUUCAGAUUCCUAUGGACUUCUUGAUUGCUGCAGGAGAAGAUUUGCAUAAUCAACUUAAGAAGUUACUGGCACUGCAUGAGCACAAUGUUCUUCUUGCUGGGCUGAGAUUAUUGAGGCAUUUGACUGGCAUACAACCAGACUACGCUAAUGCAUUGAGAGGUUUAAAGGGAGGACCAAGUGGUCGCAUUGCCUUACUGGCAUCAAUGCUGGAAGCAACUUGUUUGCGUGGAUUACAAAGCUAUGUUGAACAUGUGAAGAGUGAUCCUGACAAGAAGACCAACUUGCCACGUGAUGGCACGGUGCAUGAACUGACAAGCAAUACGGUCACACACAUUGAGCAUAUGUUAGAGUACACUGACACAGCAGGCCAACUUUUAGUCGAGCAAGAAGGAGCACAUGUUGUCAGAGAACUUGGUGCUAAGAAGGCAAUGGGCACAUUUUUAUACAAGGUGCUCGGGGUGCUGGGUCUUAACCUUGAGUUGAAGUCUAAAGGCUACGAAGUGCCGGCUCUGUCAUGUGUUUUUAUGCUUAACAACUACCACUACAUACAUAAGUCUUUGACUCGGAAUGACACCUUUCUGUCUACGUUAGAGGAAGAGUCUCCAGAUGUCGAGGACCACUAUCUUGCACUCAUCGCUGAACAGCGACGAGGCUAUCAGAAAUGCUGGUCCAAGGUUUUGCAUCACAUUCUAGAAGUAAACAAGCCUCAGAGUGGUGCUCAGACAGACAAGAUAAAGUCGGGUGAAAAGCUGUCUUCACGUCAGCGACAGGCAAUUAAGGACAAGUUCAGAGGCUUCAACACAGACUUUGAAGAGUUACACCUCAUUCAGAAACACUACGCCAUACCAGACGAACGUCUACGUGACUCAAUACGGCAAGACAAUGUAGACUUCCUUGUUCCACAUUAUACCACCUUCUAUGAUCGGUAUGCAAGCGCACCAUUCACGAAGAAUCCAGACAAAUAUUUGAAAUACACACCAGAAGAUGUAGAAAGGACAUUGAAGGUGUCUUUCUUUGACACAGCUGCUUAGCAUUACUUGAGCUGGUCUCUGUAAGCCUGAUGAAGAGGCUAAGGUGUUGUGGUUGAAUUUGUACAGAACUAGCUGUUUAUUGUGGUUGAAUUUGUACAGAACUAACUGUUAAUAUGUUGUGUUAGAGAGAUAGGUUUAUGAAUUAUGUGUGUUAAUUUGAGAUGAGAUGCUGUUUUGUCUAGAAAUUUAAGCGUAACGUGUUAUUUGAA